CGGGUGGCGGUGGUCCGGCGAGUCCGGCGAUGCAAAGCGGGGAAUGUCGGGAAUGCGACGGUGGCGGGAGGCGGCGGCGGCGGAGCGGCUGGUGGUGAGUCCAAGAGCGCCAAGUCCCCGGGGCCGAAGGGACCCGAGGGGGGGGGCGGCGGUGGCAGCGCCGACCCCCGGAUGGCGGCAACGGGCUUGACCGAGAGCCAGCUCCAACUCUCCGUCGAGGUGCUGACGUCACACUCGUGCUCGGAAGAAGGGUUGGAGGACGCGGCCAACGUCCUCCUGCAGCUUUCGCGGGGGGACGCCGCCACCCGCGACACCGUCCUGCGGCUUUUGCUCAGCGGCGCCCGGCAGUUGGGGGCCACCCUCUGUCGACAGAUUGGGACCUUGCUGGCGGAAUUACGGGAAUACAACCUGGAACAGCAACGACGGGCGCAGAGCGAGGCUCCUUCUCCCGAGGGGCUCCCCGAGGAGCAGCCCCCCAGCGCCAAGCUCAAGGGGAAGAUGCAGAGUCGGUUUGACACGGCAGAGAGCGUGGUGAUCGUGGCCUCACAGAAGCGGGCGCUGGGCGGGCGGGAGCUGCAGCUCCCCUCCAUGUCGGUCCUCACCUCCAAGACCUCGACGCAGCGCUUCUUCCUCCGCGUCCUGCAGGUCAUCAUCCAGCUCCGCGACGACACCCGCCGCGCGCACAAGAAAGCCAAACAGGCCGGCCGCCUGGGUGCCGGGGGCCUCGGGGCGGCUGGCAGCAUCCAGGCAGCCGUCCGGCAGCUGGAGGCCGAGGCCGACGCCAUCAUACAAAUGGUACGUGAGGGCCAGAGGGCCCGGAGGCGGCAGCAGGCAGACACGUCGGAGGCCGGGCAGGCGGACAGCGCUCCCCGUCGCGACGAGUCGCCCAUGGACGUGGACCAGCCCUCGCCCGCCCCGCAGGACGCCCCCUCCGUGGGCUCGGAGGGUUCGCAGGGGGGGGAGCGGGACGAACGCCCCCCCGAGCUGCCCCUGCUGAGUGAGCAGCUUUGCCUGGACGAGCUCUGGGACAUGCUGGGAGAGUGCCUGAAGGAGCUGGAGGAGUCCCACGACCAGCACGCCGUCCUUGUGCUACAGCCAGCGGUGGAGGCUUUUUUUCUGGUGCACGCCACGGAGCGGGAGAGCAAGCCGCCGGUGCGGGACACGCGGGAGAGCCAGCUGGCCCACAUCAAGGACGAGCCCCCCCCUUUGUCACCCGCCCCCCUCACCCCUGCCACCCCCUCUUCCCUCGACCCCUUCUUUUCCCGAGAACCUUCCUCCAUGCACAUCUCGGCCAGCCUGCCCCCCGACACCCAGAAAUUCCUACGCUUCGCUGAGACCCACCGGACGGUGCUGAACCAAAUCCUGCGUCAAUCCACCACCCACUUGGCCGACGGUCCCUUCGCCGUCCUGGUUGACUACAUCCGCGUCCUCGACUUCGAUGUCAAGCGCAAGUAUUUCCGACAGGAACUAGAGCGGCUGGACGAGGGGUUGCGGAAGGAGGACAUGGCCGUCCACGUCCGUCGCGACCACGUCUUUGAGGAUUCCUACCGUGAGCUGCACCGCAAAUCCCCUGAGGAGAUGAAGAACCGCCUGUACAUCGUGUUCGAGGGCGAGGAGGGCCAGGACGCGGGGGGUCUCCUGCGGGAGUGGUACAUGAUCAUCUCGCGGGAGAUGUUCAACCCCAUGUACGCCCUGUUCCGUACCUCGCCGGGUGACAGGGUCACCUACACCAUCAACCCCUCCUCCCACUGCAACCCCAACCACCUCAGCUAUUUUAAGUUUGUGGGGCGCAUCGUGGCCAAGGCCGUUUACGACAACCGUCUCCUGGAGUGUUAUUUCACCCGUUCCUUCUAUAAGCACAUCCUGGGCAAGUCUGUCCGGUACACGGACAUGGAGAGCGAGGACUACCACUUCUACCAGGGCCUGGUGUACCUGCUGGAGAACGACGUCUCCACCCUGGGCUACGACCUCACCUUCAGCACCGAGGUGCAGGAGUUUGGGGUGUGCGAGGUGCGGGACCUGAAGCCCAACGGAGCCAACGUGCUGGUGACGGAGGAGAACAAGAAGGAGUACGUCCACCUCGUCUGCCAGAUGCGCAUGACCGGAGCCAUCCGGAAGCAACUAGCCGCCUUUUUGGAGGGUUUCUACGAGAUCAUCCCCAAACGCCUCAUCUCCAUUUUUACGGAGCAAGAGCUGGAGCUUCUCAUCUCGGGGCUGCCCACCAUCGACAUCGAUGACCUCAAGGCCAACACCGAGUACCACAAAUACCAGGGCAACUCCAUCCAGAUCCAGUGGUUCUGGCGAGCGUUGAGAUCUUUCGACCAAGCGGACCGAGCCAAAUUCCUGCAGUUUGUGACGGGAACCUCCAAGGUGCCGCUGCAGGGUUUUGCCGCCCUGGAAGGAAUGAACGGCAUUCAGAAAUUCCAGAUUCACCGCGACGACCGGUCUACCGAUCGACUGCCCUCCGCUCACACCUGCUUUAACCAGCUGGACCUGCCGGCAUACGAGAGCUACGAGAAGCUGCGACACAUGUUGCUGCUCGCCAUCCAGGAGUGCUCCGAGGGCUUCGGGCUGGCGUAGCCGUGGCGGGGGGGGGGGGGGGGGGGGGGGGG